CCCAAGAGGAUUGAGCAAAACCUAUAAAACCCAGUCCGAGAAAGCCUCUUGGAAGCAUUCGGCAACUGUCCAUCAUGGCGGCACCCUUCAGCGACAAAGCAUUUUACGCUCAGCAUUUUGACCCCAAAGGUUAUUUGGAAACGUAUUACUCCUUCAGCUCCAAGAAAGAAGCAGAAAAGGCCUUAACAAUCUUUACUCUGAACACGCUGCACAAGGCUUUCACUGUGGGUGGCAUUAAAGGAGACACCCUGAUUGAUAUCGGAAGUGGACCCACCAUCUACCAGUUCCUCUCUGCCUGUGAGUCCUUCCGAGAGAUCAUCGCCACAGAUUAUACGGAUGGGAACCGGGAGGAGAUGCAGCGGUGGCUGAGGAAGGAGCCGGGAGCUUUCGACUGGAGCUCCGUGGUGAAAUACGUCUGUGAGCUGGAAGGGGACAGGGAAAAGUGGGCCCAGAAGGAGGAGAAGGUCCACCGCAGCAUCAAGCAGGUCCUUAAGUGUGACGUGACCCAGCCCAACCCCUUGGCCCCACUGUCUCUCCCUCCAGCUGACUGUCUGCUCUCCACCUAUUGCUUGGAAUUGGCUUCCAAAGACCUGCCUGCCUUCCGCUCGGCCUUGAAGAAUAUCAGUUCUCUUCUAAAGCCCGGAGGGCACCUGAUCUUAGCUACUGCACUAGAACUCACCUUUUACAUGAUAGGCCAGUGCCAGUUUGGUUGCCUCUAUUUGGAGCAAGAGGAUUUAGAGAAAGCCGUGAAAGAGGCUGGUUUUGAUAUUGAGUGGGUGGAGGCAGCCAGGCUCAGUUUUCCUUUGUCUUUAAUAGAUAUGAAGGGGGCAUGCACGAUCGUUGCCGUGAAACGUUGAUGCAAGUUGAGCGGAAGUUUGGGAUGUGGUGAAAGGCAGGGGAAAUUAUGGUGUUAAUUUUUAUUCCAGUAGCACUAACCAACUUUAUUGUAGCAUAAGCUUUCGAGAAUCACAGUUCUCGUCAGAUGCAUGGAGGGCAAGAAGAAAAUGGUCAGAUAUAUAGGUGGAGA